AUGAAAGCUGAAGCUGUAGCUCCAUUCAGACGCUCACGGAUUUCUCCUGGACACCGCGCCCCGGUGGAGAGGGAGGGGGCCACAUGCGCCAUCCAGGAACUAAAGAUGCGGCAGAAAGGGCAAGGGGGAGUGGGUGCGGCCACGACAGAGCCAGUGCGAGAGAGGAUGGUGACAGAAGUAGGGAGACGUGCUUUGCAUAUCCAGCUUAAAGCCAGGUACUCCUUAAGGAAAUCCCACUUUGAAUCAGCUCCAAAAGAAAAUCCAACGGGCCGGGCUCAUGCGCACUCGCGCCCCGCGCCCAGCACGGCUGCUCCACCUCGGCGCUUGUCAUUCUCCCCGGCGCGGCGGCGAGUGCCGAUUGCGGUGCCGACCCUCCCGCUCGUGCGCCGUCGCGCCCGCGAUGUGACCGGCCGCCUGGGAGCGGGCUGGCGGCUCUACCUGCAGCAGCGCCUCGGCUUUUCCCCGGGCCGCCUUCCUGUAGCGUCGCGAUUCCCUCAGAGCCGGAGACACGCACCAGGGGCUGGGAGCGCCGCACUCCCCGCGCGGGCGGCAGCUGCAGCGCUCGGGACCGUGCGGCCGGGUGCAGCCUCCGUCGCCGCUGCCGCUGCCGCCGUCGCGCGGUGCGCCCUGACGGGUGCCGGGCUCCGGGCACCGCGGAGCCGAGGCGGCUGGUGCAGCGCGGCAGCGCCUCGCCCCGCACCCGCCGUCGCCCGGGCAGUGCGGGGCCAGCGGGGCUGUGCGCAGCCAGAGCGCGGUCCCCACGGAAGGCUCCCUGUCUCCUGCGUCCCAAAAACACGAGGUCGUUCUCUGAGUUCAACAGAUGAGUGCAACUCCAGAGCUGGGAGAGUGACUGCAAGGCCAAGAAGGAAGAGAGACGUUCCCCACAACUACACUUCAAAGGGAGCACGUUGCCAGCAUUUUGAAUCCUUAUUUGGACAAGCUUCUCUCCAAGGUAAAUAUUACCGUUGUACCAAGAAGAGGGCGCAAUCAGAACGUGCACGUUGCAGUGGGACGGCACAAAGGCUUAAUUGUUGAGGACAAACCUAGAGUGGCAUGGGAGAGAGAAAGCGAGGGGGACACAGGCAGCAAAGCAGAGCCGCUGGGAUACCCUGCAGUCCCUUCUAAAUGUGUUACCAGGAGAAUGCCGCCAGAAUCCGGGAGCCCAUUGAGCUGGGCUCAAAACGUGUGGGAAAAAGGGGAGAAA